GCAGAGGACAAUAUGACUGAAAGAGAUGCAGUGGCAGUCAUGGCUGUCAUAAAGCCUGGUGUGGUGUACAAUUUGACGAUCAGUAAUAUCUCCAGUAGCUCACUUUUCCUCAGCUGGACACCACCAAAUGGCAAUGUUGGAAGGUACACAGUUGAGGUUAGUGGAUCCACAGUGAUGAAUGUGACCACGACUUCGGCAUUUGCUAAUCUAACUGGACUAAUACCUGACAGCAUAUAUACCCUCCAAGUUGUGGCCUUGGCUGUGGACAAUAUGACUGAAGGAGAUGCAGUGGCAAUCACGGGAAUCACAAAGCCUGGUGUGGUGUACAAUUUGACGAUCAGUAAUAUCUCCACUAGCUCACUUUUUCUCAGCUGGACACCACCAAAUGGCAACGUUGGAAGCUACAGAGUUGACGUUAGUGGAUCCACAGUGAUGAAUGUGACCACGACUUCGGCAUUUGCUAAUCUAACUGGACUAAUACCUGGAAGCAUGUAUACCCUCCAAGUUGUGGCCUUGGCUGUGGACAAUAUGACUGAAGGAGACGCAGUGGCAAUCACGGGAAUCACAAAGCCUGGUGUGGUGUACAAUUUGACGAUCAGUAAUAUCUCCACUAGCUCACUUUUUCUCAGCUGGACACCACCAAAUGGCAACGUUGGAAGCUACAGAGUUGACGUUAGUGGAUCCACAGUGAUGAAUGUGACUACGACUUCGGCAUUUGCUAAUCUAACUGGACUAAUACCUGGAAGCAUGUAUACCCUCCAAGUUGUGGCCUUGGCUGUGGACAAUAUGACUGAAGGAGACGCAGUGGCAAUCACGGGAAUCACAAAGCCUGGUGUGGUGUACAAUUUGACGAUCAGUAAUAUCUCCACUAGCUCACUUUUUCUCAGCUGGACACCACCAAAUGGCAACGUUGGAAGCUACAGAGUUGACGUUAGUGGAUCCACAGUGAUGAAUGUGACCACGACUUCGGCAUUUGCUAAUCUAACUGGACUAAUACCUGGAAGCAUGUAUACCCUCCAAGUUGUGGCCUUGGCUGUGGACAAUAUGACUGAAGGAGACGCAGUGGCAAUCACGGGAAUCACAAAGCCUGGUGUGGUGUACAAUUUGACGAUCAGUAAUAUCUCCACUAGCUCACUUUUUCUCAGCUGGACACCACCAAAUGGCAACGUUGGAAGCUACAGAGUUGACGUUAGUGGAUCCACAGUGAUGAAUGUGACUACGACUUCGGCAUUUGCUAAUCUAACUGGACUAAUACCUGGAAGCAUGUAUACCCUCCAAGUUGUGGCCUUGGCUGUGGACAAUAUGACUGAAGGAGACGCAGUGGCAAUCACGGGAAUCACAAAGCCUGGUGUGGUGUACAAUUUGACGAUCAGUAAUAUCUCCACUAGCUCACUUUUUCUCAGCUGGACACCACCAAAUGGCAACGUUGGAAGCUACAGAGUUGACGUUAGUGGAUCCACAGUGAUGAAUGUGACCACGACUUCGGCAUUUGCUAAUCUAACUGGACUAAUACCUGGAAGCAUGUAUACCCUCCAAGUUGUGGCCUUGGCUGUGGACAAUAUGACUGAAGGAGACGCAGUGGCAAUCACGGGAAUCACAAAGCCUGGUGUGGUGUACAAUUUGACGAUCAGUAAUAUCUCCACUAGCUCACUUUUUCUCAGCUGGACACCACCAAAUGGCAACGUUGGAAGCUACAGAGUUGACGUUAGUGGAUCCACAGUGAUGAAUGUGACCACGACUUCGGCAUUUGCUAAUCUAACUGGACUAAUACCUGGAAGCAUGUAUACCCUCCAAGUUGUGGCCUUGGCUGUGGACAAUAUGACUGAAGGAGACGCAGUGGCAAUCACGGGAAUCACAAAGCCUGGUGUGGUGUACAAUUUGACGAUCAGUAAUACCUCCACUAGCUCACUUUUUGUCAGCUGGACACCACCAAAUGGCAACGUUGGAAGCUACAGAGUUGACGUUAGUGGAUCCACAGUGAUGAAUGUGACCACAACUUCGGCAUUUGCUAAUCUAACUGGACUAAUACCUGGAAACAUGUAUACCCUCCAAGUUGUGGCCUUGGCUGUGGACAAUAUGACUAAAGGAGAUGCAGUGGCAAUCACGGGUUUCACAAAGCCUGAUGUGGUUAACAAUUUAAGGAUCAGUGAUAUCACCGCUAGCUCACUUUCUCUGAACUGGACACCACCAAAUGGCAACGUUGGAAGCUACAGAGUUGACGUUCCUGGAUCCACAGUGAUGAAUGUGACCACGACUUCGGCAUUUGCAAAUCUAACUGGACUAACUCCCGGAAGCAUGUAUACCCUUCAAGUUGUGGCCUUGGCUGUGGACAAUGUGACUAAAGGAGAUGCAGUGGCAAUCACGGGUUUCACAAAACCCGGCAUAGUUAGCAAUUUAAAUAUAGGUAACAUCGACACUACCUCCAUUUUUCUUAGCUGGUCUCCACCCAGUGGAAGUGCAGCCAGCUACAGAGUGGAAGUCACUGGAGUGUCAGUUACUAACGUGACCACUAACUCAGCCUUUGCUACUGUGACUGGAUUGACACCAGGGAGCAUGUAUACACUGAAAGUUUUGGCCUUGGCUGGGGACAGUGUGACGCAAGGAGAUCCAGUAACAAUUACAACUUAUACAAAACCCGGUACUGUUAGUAAUUUAUAUGUCUUUGACAUCAAAAGUACCUCCAUUUCUCUCAGCUGGUCUCCCCCAAGUGGAAGUGUGGCCAGCUACAAAGUGGUAGUAACUGGAGCAACAGCCACCAAUGUAACAACAACCUCAACCUUUGCUUAUAUAACUGGACUAACCCAAGGGAGCAUGUAUACACUGAACGUUUUGGCCUUGGCCGGGGACAGUGUGACACAAGGAGAUGCAGUGACAAUAACAGCUUAUACAACUUCGGUCACCCUUCGCUAUCAGUUGUCUGUUCUUGAUUCAGAAGCAGUUAAUGAUCAAAUAAAGACUCUGAUACUGCAAAAGUUAAGCAGUCUUCUUCAGAACCAGCUGCCACCAAAUUCCUUCUCAAUAUCUUUUAAAGGAUGAAGGGACUGUGUAUUAAAACAGCAUCAACCAAGUGACAUUAUUCUUAUACAACAUGAAACAUAUGACACAUUAUAUAUUCAAUUUUAAAUAACUUUGUACAAUAAUGUUUAUUUUCUUACUUUUGAAAAGAAGUGUAUAUUCCAUUAUGAUUGUAAAUAAUUCUAUGAAAAUGAAUGCCUGAGCUUGAGUGCAAUAGUAAAAAGUUCUUAUGGUUCCAUAAUAGUUUGAAUUUGCAUUGCUCACAGGCAUUCAUCUUCUAAUAAGGCAAGACACAAUACUUAAUGAUCAGUUUCAUCCUACUUUGGAGCUUUCAUUUUAAGCCAGGAGAAGUACCUUUCAGCAUGA